UAAGAAGUUUGGCCUCGGCUUCACUUAAGUCACGGGCCGGAAUCCAAAAGCCGAAGCAUCAACUCAAAGCCCGAAGAUUCCCACUAAGCUAAAAACGGCGAUUCCUGCGAUACGAGAAUCCUCACCUAAACAUCUAAAACCGGACUCUGGUUUAAGUAUAUAAUCAAGCACGUCGGAGAGCUUCGUUAAUACACCUUCCAAUCCUCAAAUCCAUCAAUUCCUACUCACCAUAUCAGCCCAUCAAUUCCUACUCACAAUAUCAGCCCAUCAAUACCUGGCCGAUAUCGCAUCCGAGUAUCCAACAAUCCAACAACAACCAUCCACAAUCCAACAUCAAACAACACGUGAUAUUAGUUUGCAUAAAGCCAUCUCAGCACCUCUCAGCAUCACACGCCAGACUCAGCAAACCAUGUCUUCCCUCGCUCUCCAACAAGACAUAGGCCUCGCCACAUUGCGCCUCGCAACUCUCACUGGCUCUGCCUUCCUCUCUGGUUUCAUAUUUUCGUUCAGUUGGUACGGUAUUCAGUCCGUCUCUUACCUCGCCCCGCCUGAGCUGCUCACCCAGCAAUGGCGCCGCAUGUACUCAAUCGGUGCCUCCACUGCCCCUGUGCUCGCACUCGCUUGCGCUGGCGGCUUCGGCGCCCUUAGCUAUGCCUCGCGCCAGCUGGGAAAUACUACUAGACUUGUCACGCCUAGCAUGCUUUAUGGCGCGGCGGCGGUCUUGGUCCCUACGAUUGCGCCCUAUACGAUUCUAGUGAUGCGACCUGGGGCCAAUGACGAAUUGAUUGGCAUGGCGGAGAAGGCGGAGCGCGGCGCGAAGGGAGACGGUGUAGGAAGUGAGGAGAGGAUAGGAGAGUUGUUGGCGAAUUGGAAGAGGAUGAAUUUUGUGCGAGCGGUAACGGUAGCUGCGGGUACAGUUUUGGGAGGGCUUGCAACAGUUAUGUUGGGGCUUUAGGGGAGCAGGGUCUGGGUUCUGCGUAUUGAUUGGUUUCUAUUCUUGACGGAGUUCUGCACACGAAGGAUAUACAUCUGCAACACGAAAUAGUCAUUGAGCAAGGUAUACUAGGCAUUGU